AUGGCCUGUGUCCCAGCAGAGGAAUGCAGCAGCAGGGAGGUGGGCUCCUGCCCUGCCAAUGUGAGCACCUCUCACCCAGACAACUGCUGCUGUCCCAGGGAGGACUGUGUGGCUGAUGCCCAGGUGAGGGAUAACCCUGCUACAGCUCUGCCCACUGAUACCCUGAUCCCUGAGCAGGCAGAUGCUGCUCCCACAGCAGACCACAGGUCCUGUGUCAGAGAUGGUUCUGACAACCCUGCCCCUGCCGGGGGGGGUUAUCCAGAGCAGGUUCCCAGUGUAAGUGAUGACUUGGAUGAUGACCUGGAGUAUUUUGAGUGUUCGGAUGUGCUGACAGUGCACGAGGAUGAGAUCUGGAAGAAGAAGUUACAGUUCUUACUAGAAGGUGAUGAUGAGGAUGAGUUAAAGCUGAGCAGGGAUUGUGAUGCCUGUGCUUACUUCCUCCCUCACAUGCCUUGCCCGAUCCCAGUGUCAGAUGACACUGCCCCUAUGGAAACCACCAUUGGCUUCUGUGGUCAUCACUCAAACCCCAAAGCAGUCAAUGUAAGGAGAGACCCCUCAGCGUCCAGCCAGUCAACUCUGCAGCCAGAGAUGACUCUGACUGUUGGGCACCACCGGGACAGCAGCUCCAGCCUGCAGGACAAAGGGACAAGUGAAGUGCCUGAAGCAUCCGCAGCCGUUGGAAAUGAGCAUCCCAGGGCUGAAGACAAUGGGAUUAACCACCCAGCUGCGGGAUUCCCAAUGGACACAUCCAAGCACAGGGAUAAGGGACCUGCCACAGACUGUGCUGCUCUGACAGAGCAGGCUCCAGGCACCAUGGCAGCAAGCAGGGACAAGGACUCGCUGGGGGCAGGCUCCUUGCUGCUGGAGGAGGGGGCAGAGGAGACCCCCAGGGCUGCAGUGUGCACCUUGACUGAGAGCCUGCGGAGGAACCUCUUCAGGCUCCUGAGCCCCACAGGGCUCUGCAGAUACGUGAGUGCUAUAGGGCAGACUCUGCAGGCUGCAGCGGAGCCCAGGGAAGCCGGUGCUGUGGUAAAGACUUGA